UGGCUACCACAACUAUUGGCUGUCCAUAAUCCUUAUAAAAUAAAUCUACAACUGCUCUUGCAGGAGCCCAGCUCCGGAUCCUAUACCAAAAACGAUGCCAUUUCGGUUGAAGAACUUUGGCUGCCGCAAAAAGUGGAUCAUUUCGAUGCACUCAACAAUCAGACAUGGCAGAUGCGCUAUUUACGCAAUGGCAAAUAUCAUAGAAAUCAAGGACCCAUCUACAUAUUUGUGGGCGGCGAAUGGAGCAUAAGUCCAGGCUUUCUGGUCACUGGUCUCACCCACGACAUGGCUGUGGAAAAUUCGGGCAUGCUGUUCUACACCGAACAUCGUUACUAUGGCCAGAGUUUGCCCCAUGGAGAGCAGAGCUUUGAGGUGGAUCAACUGAAGCAUUUGAGUAUCUAUCAGUCCCUGGCAGAUUUGGCUCACUUUAUACGCUACCAAAAGUCGCAGAAUCCGCGCAUGAAAGAGUCAAAGGUCAUAUUGGUGGGUGGCUCCUACGCGGGCAGCAUGGUGGCCUGGAUGACACAGCUAUAUCCCGAUUUGAUAGCCGCCAGUUGGGCGUCAAGUGCUCCACUGCUGGCCAAAGCGGAUUUUUAUGAGUACAUGGAAGUGGUUAGCCAAUCGAUUCGCCUAAGCUAUGGUCAAAAUUGUUCCACCAGAAUUCAAAAGGGUUUCCAUUACCUGGCGAAGUUGUUUACCGAAAAUCAGAUAUUGGAAUUACUGCGAAAACUCAAUGGCUGUGAGGAGUACGAUCCCAACGAUGUGCUGGAUAGAGCUGCCUUUUUCAAUGGUCUGGGCAACUAUUUUGCAUUGAUAGUGCAGAGUUAUAGUUCAUAUAUUCCACAGCUUUGUGAGACUUUAAUGUCGCUGCAUGCCAAUGAUGAGGUGGCCUUUGAGGGUUUCCUGGCUCUACUCUUUGCAGAGGGCAGACGGUCUACGGAUUGCCAGGACUUUGGCUAUGCGGCCAUGCUGCAGCUAUUCACCACUUCUGCUCUCUCCCUCUCUCUCACAGUUCGUGCCUGGUUCUAUCAGACAUGCAAUGAAUUUGGCUGGUACAGCACAACAGCCAGCGCCACAGGCACAUCUAUAGACACAACCAAUUCAUCAUUGGGCGCCACGUGGAGUACCUUUGCCAAUCAAGUGCCUUUGUCCUACUACGAGCGCCUCUGUUUGGAUGCCUUUGGUCCGGCGCAGACACGGGAACGGCUGGACCAGGGCAUUGAGCAGACCAACAAUCAGUUCGGUGGCUUUCAGUUCAAUCAGAGUGUGCGCUAUGGCAGGGUAUUCUUUACGCACGGCCAGCUGGAUCCAUGGCGCUCUUUGGGCAAGCAAAAUGGCAAUCAGGCGAUUGUCUUGAGGCGCUACUCGCAUUGCGAGGACCUGGGCAGCAUUCAAGUGCGGGACAGCGUGCAAAUGAAUCUGGCCAAGCUGCGUGUGAUGUCCUUUCUGCGUCGUCACACACGGUAUACUGCUCAUUCAUAA